CUUUACCCGAACACCAUCUUCAGUCGCAGUUGGAAUUUUCGUGGAAAAGGAAGCCAUAGCAUUUUCUCAAUAUUAAAAGAAAAGUCACAGUGUAAACAUACCUUGAGCAAUCCACCAGCAACAGGGCUCUAAAUGGUGCUCCAGUGAACACAAUUCUGCACAACGUGCUUACAACAAUACGGUGUCGUGUGACCGAAUUUUUGACAACUUCAACACUCCUUUAAACCAGAUUUUCCCUACUGUACUAAGCUGUACUAAGUCAAAGCUCCUGUUCACACAUUAAUAAUUCCAAAGGAAGCAACGAGAGAAAAAAUCAAUUCCAAGUUAGAGGGCUCAAUCCAGCAUCAAACCCACAGAGGAUUGGGACAAUGGAUGGUGCAUUGUUGCGUACUGAAGAUGUAUCCUUGUCGCAAAUGGCUCUCUAUGGCAUUGUUUCCUUUGUCAUCAUCUCACUCCUCUGCAUCCUUAUCUACGUGACUUGCUCCAAGUCCUACAGGCUCAAUUGGUUUGAGAAUAACCUCCUGGAAACCGUUUCUGAGCACGAAGACAUCGCCCACAGUCAAGAGGCUCUCAUCAGUUGCAGCACAUCCUACAAUCUCGAUCCAACAGUUGAAAGUGCACGCCAGACUGAAGGUGACCCAACCUUUUGGGUACCUGUGGCGAGAGCUGGACGGUCUGCGGAUGCUCCCAACUCCUCUGUGGCCUCGGACGACAGUCAAAUCCCAACCCCAACAUCUCCAGCUGAGAGCAACCGCUCUGUGGCAUCCAGCACCGUUCCCAUAGCCCGGAGUGAUAAGCAUGUCGUACUGGUCACCAGUCCCGGUCGCCUCAAAGUCUCCUCCAUGCAAGCGAAGUUGGAUCACACCAAAAUCGAUACAUCGCUCUAUGACACGGACGCCUCGCCGACGCCGAGUGUCUCAAAUGUGGAGAACACCCACGGCGUCAUCCAUCUCACCCUCCUGUACGACCCCAUUGCGGGAAUCCUGAGUGUGCGCCUCAUUGAGGCGCAAGAUCUCCAGCCGCGCGAUUUCAGUGGUACUGCUGAUCCCUACUGCAAGAUUCGUCUGCUGCCCAACAAGACAAAUGUGUGGCAGACACGGAUCCACAAACGCACCCUCAAUCCCGUCUUUGACGAGGACUUUGUCUUCGAGGAACGUCCAGCUGUCAUUGGACGUCGCACCCUGGAAAUCCUUCUGUAUGACUUUGAUGCCUAUUCGCGACACAUGAGUAUCGGUAGUGCCCAAAUUUCUCUAGCACAUGUAGAUCUAUCUGAUAAAGUUGAAAUUUGGCGAGCUCUAACCUCAUGCACGGAGCAAGAUGCCAAGGUGGAAUUGGGGGAGAUUAUGGUGUCCCUCUCCUACUUGCCAUCUGCUGAGAGACUCACAGUGGUGCUCAUCAAGGCCAGAAAUCUGCGUGUCGUCGAUGACAGUCGCAAUUCCACAGAUCCCUACGUGAAGGUGAACAUCUUGCAGGGCGGUAAGAAGAUGAAGAAGCGAAAAACUGGCGUCCAGCGCUCAAAUAUCUGUCCAGUCUUCAAUGAGGCGCUGAUCUUUGAUAUUGCUAAAGAUACUCUCAAGUCGUGCUUGAUUGAGUUCAUUGUGAUGCACGACAGUCUUCUGGGGCCAAAUGAGCCAUUGGGACGAGCCGUGAUCGGAAAUAGUCCGGAUAUCAGGGUUGAUGAGCGCAAUUUCUUUGAAGAAAUGUUUAGGACAAAAUCCGCAACAGCCCAAUGGAUUCCACUAAGUGAGCCAAGUGCCAAUUCUUAAAAGAAUUUUCCUCCCUUUUACCAUUAUUGCUGAUUUUUGUUUUUGAAUUAUCCCAGCCACUUUAUGAACACUGAAACAACCGGAAUUUCCUCUUAAGAAACAAACGAGCUGCCUUAGGGGAAUCUGGGGUACCACCGUACACAGGGUAUCACCGAGCACUGUGAUUUGUUAUGAAGAUAUUAAUACUUCAAAGGACGAGACUUGUAUGAAUUCAUAGAUACUAAAGAGAUGCUUGUCCACUGAAGAAAUUAUCGUCAUAGGUAGUUUAGAAAUGAAGGGGAGGCAAAGCGUCCCAGGUUUUACGAAAUGCUCGAACUCGAGACUUAGAUGAUAAAUAUACCUCAAAAGUAUUUUCGCAUCAUUUGCCGGUUCUCAACCGAUUUGAACCGAUUCAUCACUCAAAAGAUCCCCAGAAUCAGGGUCAUGACAUUUCCCAUGCUUUUCCCAUAUGUUUCUAGCGUGCCGAAAAAACUUUUGGGUUUAUUAGCUGUUUUCUGUCAGUGUAAAAUGAAUUAUCCAUAAAUAUAAAUACAAACUAAUAGCUAACUUAAUAUUGAAUAGGCAACCGAAAACUACAAAUUGGCAACCUAUGUGGUUUUGGAAAUAUCUUGUGAAAUGUAUACGAAAACAGGGAAAACUUUAUACUAAAACUGGUCGCAUUUUUCAAAAAGUAAUAUGUUUCAAAAGUAAUAGAAUUGAUUUUCAGUAAAAAAUUAGUUAUCGGCUAUGAACCGGUUCAUUACCGGUUCAGAACCGAUUAGAACUGGUUCAGUUUUAAAGGAAAUUGCAAUACCUAAUAGUUAAACUUCCACAGCCCGAUGGACAGACAGACGAACAGCGUGACGCCAUAAAAUCGAAACUUCAGAUUUCGAAAAUUCUUCCAAAAUACGACCCCUUGAGGGGUAAGUAGUCGAAAUAUAUAUAAUAACUAAAAAUCGAGGAAUUAUAUACAAUUGUCUCCGUGGAGUUCGAGCAGUAUUAUCAGUGUUCAGUGCUACCUCAUGUUCGGUAAUGUUCCCAGUUUCCCCUAUACAAUCAAAGAUUUUACAGCCUUAUAGGGGGAAGUAGUAGGAGACCUUUGAAUUAGGAUACCUUUUAAAAAUGACUUUUCCUUCAAUUUUUAAAAGAAUAAGCCUUUUUAUAAUUCUAUUUAGCUUCAAAAUUGGUUCGAAAAUCGGAUCAAUUUAGAACUGGGAGAAAAAGUCCUAUUUUAAAAGGCACUUGAGUUCAAAGGUGCCCCAAAUCCCCCAAUGAGAAUUUUGUGUUUAAAUUCCUGUAAAAAAAAGAAACUCUUAAAUCCCUUAGAAGCUCUUUCACUUUUAGUAGUAACAGAGAUAGGACCAAGAGGGCUAUUGGAAGAUUAUUAGAAUUUUGAUCUUAGAAGAUGGUUCUGGGGCUUGAAUUUUUUGCAAAGCAAAAUUUAGCGUUUCAAUUUUUGACUUUGCGGCUUUUCACUUUGCAAAUCCGACAUUUUUGCUUUAAUAAAAUCACCAAAACAACAAAACACAAUGCAGUAGGGGAAUUCUGUAACGUUCUGGCAAUGCCAUAUGACAAAUUGGGUUCGAAUCUUAGGAGAGCUUUUUCGAAAAUGCGAUUCUGUAGCCGUGACAUUGCCAUUUCAGCUCACGUGACAUUGACAGAAGUCACAUAUUUGAGAUUUCUGGCAAUUAAAAUGACAAUGAAUUCUGUUAAACAAAUCAACCAAGACAUACUGUAUUUUCAUAAAAUCAUCAAGUAAAGGGUUUUCAUUAAAAAGUCAAUGAAUUGCAUUUUCGAACUCAUGAAUUGCAUGAAUUGAAAUGAAUUGUAAAGUGUUUGCAAAAAAUGCAAAGCCAAUAAUUCUUUUGCAAAGUGAGUAAAUUUUUUUUGCAAAGUUAUAAUUUUUUAGUCCUUUUUGUAUUUGGAAAGAGUUUUUUCAAGUUGAAGACUUUACAAAUUUGACUUGAGAAAAAUACUUCAAAGUGUAAGGUCUUUACGUCAAAGGCAUACACUUCAAACAGUAAAAUAUUGCUUUCAUAAAAAAUUAAUAAACGGUUGUUUUAGUGUUAAUUUAACCCCGCCACUGAAGCGUCAAUUGAGAUGAAUGAUUUAAGUGAUAAUCCAGUGAGUUUCCCACCUCUUUUUCUACACCCAUUUAAUCCUAAGCCACACACUUUUGCCCCAUCCCAAAACAAUCUUUUAUACUUAAACAAAUAUAAAGUAAAAGAAAUAUACAAAAAAGGAAAUAAUUAUUCAAAUUGUGUGUCAUAGAGAAUUAUUUAUCAUGUAGACAUGAGAAUUAAUGUACAAAAGGAACACAAAUGUGCUGUUAACCAUUAAAGAAACUAAAUAAGACACAACAUA